AUGGCGACGAUUCGGAAUUCGACUGACAAUAGACUGGUAGGAAUCCGAGAUGAAAAGCCGCCAUCUGGUAAACAGACACAGACAUUCCUCGCCGUUUUCAUCUACGACAAUAGAACAUUGGUGAAGGAAGAAACAUUAAACCGAUUAAAGGAGGAAAGUUCACGGAUGACCUGCGACAUUCUUGGCCUCUACGAGACACAACCGCGGAAGGAGAUGAAUGGCAUCUGGAAAGACUGUAGUGGAAAAACCGAUUUGGAUAGGAAGUGGAAAGGGGGUGAAGAAGGAACAGGACGAAUCAGAUUUGCAUUCAGCAAAAGCUAG